GUCAUUCUCGUUUCGCAUCCCCACCAUCAGUCUGUUCGGCGAGGCCCGCGUUUCCCGUAUCACAGUGCCGACCGGAGAACAGGACAAAACGCAAUGUACCUCCGCCAUUGUGGCCGCACGCAACGUCGCCGACGGCUCUCCAACUACAUACGAUUUUAUCGGUACAAGCGGCCCCGCUAAAUGCAGCAAGACGCCGGCGAAUUGUCGCAGAAACUGUUGCGAUCGCUCGACGAUGUCUAUAACGUUAUUGAUAUGCCUGCCGUCCUGGAAGUUAUCUCUGUAUUGGAAAAAAUCUCGAUAUCCAAGGAAAUAUUGCAGUCUUCCCGGUUAGGUAAGUACGUGAACGAGGUUCGACGGAACACCACCGACGACCAAUUGGCGAAAAGAACCCGAGAUUUGGUAAAGAGAUGGCGAAACGAAUUCAUCGCGGAAUCAAAUGGUCAACUGAAAGCGGCCUCAGAAACAUCAACAUCAUCAACGCCUCAAAAACGCCCCCAAAAUCUCCUCACAACAUCAUCAUCAUCAUCCGCAAAAGACAACCAAGUUUUAAACGCCGCAAAAAGGCCCCGUUUAAACGGAAAUAACGAACUCGACCUCUCAGACAAUUCCAAUUCGAGUUUUAAAGAUGAAAUAAUUAGGAAAGAUCUCCGUGAUAAUAUUAUUUUGGUAAAUUCCGAUUCGAAUUCGAGCGUAACGGACGUUGUUAAGAAAGAACCUGUGAUCGAGGAGCAAUUACCGAAGAAAAGGGGGCGAAAAAAGGGUUCGAAGAACCAUAAGAGUCUAUUAGACGAAGCCGAAACAAGUUUUAGUAAUAAAAUGGCCGUUUCGAGAGGAAACGCAAAAGUUAAAACCACUCAAGAAUUAGUAGCGAGUUUGCAAAAUCGAAAUAACGUGAGUUUAGUAACCGGUUUAAAAUCGCCAACUUCCGGAUCCGGAAGGUUUAAAGAGGAUCUGAACGAAAAAGCUGCGAAAUUAACCGAAAGAGUAUCGAUAAUCGACCAAAAAUUAUACAACACAAACGCAAAUAAUUUUCGUAGAAAAAAGAAAUCGUUCGAAACGAUCAAAGAAGAAAUCGAAAUAAAAAAGGAAAACGACGAAGAGGUUAUAAUCGUAGAUGAAGACGACGUGAAAGUAAAAAUCAAAUCAGAAGAAAACCAACAAUCCGAAUCGACCGAUUUAUUAUUAACAAAUUCAAACAUCCCCCGAGCUUUAUCAAUAGAAGAAGCCUUAAACUCAUUACCGCCUAUAGAUAAAUCGUUUUUAGAAUCAAAAAAUUUAACUUCAUCGCCUCAUUGCACGUGCGUUUUCGACGAAGACACUUCCGCUUUUAUCGAAGACGCUUCCUGUCCGUCGAAAAUCGCCUUAAACGAUAAAUACGAUUUGAAUAAUGUCUCGGAUGAGAAGGUCGAUCGGUUCUUGUCGUGUUCAGUGCCGAAUUUGAACGGAAACGAAAGUCUGGGUCCCGGUUUGGGUCCGCCGGAAACGACGGACGAUGGUUUUUAUAAAAAUGUGGUGCCUAAUCGCGUUUUGGAACGGAUGCCGAAAAUACACAAAUCGGACGACGAUCUUAGUGACGAUAUAAAACGGUAUCGGAUUUCAGAAGAUUGCGAGAAAGAUUCGUUUCGCGAGUGGCACGAGGUUAUUGAGGCGAGGUCUUAUGACGGGGAAGUGAUUCGAAUUCUCCCUUACGUCGUUAUCGAUUAGCUGUUGAUUGAGGUUAGGUUAAUCUAGUCUGUUUUUUUUUUAAUUUUAUUUUUUUUUUUUAAUUAACUCGUUUUCCGAUGAAAAAUGAGGAAUUUCGGUCGGAUUUGUUGUUAUUGAAUCGUUUCAAUUAUUAACUGUUUUUAUUUAAGUUGGUACUAUUUUUUAUUUAAUGAAGUUUUUCUUUUUUCUAAGUUGGUACUAAAAAAUUUUUUUUUAAAUUAAUUAUAAGUUGGUAUUACUUCAAAGUGACGUUUAAGAUGUUUACAUUAUAAUUUAUUGAUUUUCAGCAAAAUUUACGAAGAUUUAUAAUUAGUUGGGGAGAAAUUAAAUUGUUUUUGUUGGAGAAAUCAAGUUUUGGAUUCCGUUUUGUACGAUAAGGUAAAUCAAACGAAUAAGGCACAACGGUUUUUAAUUAACCUCAAAAAUCGCAUUUUUUUCCUAGUUAUUUUAGAUUUCCUUUGAAAUUAAAGAAAUUAAUGAUCAAUCUCAGAGUAAUUAAUGGAAUUUGGAGUGAUUAAAAGUUGUUGUGCCUAAAUCAAAGCUAAUAUUUUUAUUAUUUAUAUACGGGUUGGUUCUACUAUACAGGGUGGAACUCAUUACAAUUAGUUUUUAAACCAAAAUCGAAUUUUAAAUUCCUCUUCUUGAUUUGUCUCAUAAUUUGGACCUUUUUUGUUUGUGGAAAAUCAUCUUUUUGAGGUUAGGUAGCUAUCUUCCUUGUUAUAUGAAAUCAAACUCAAUGAGGUUAUCUCAAAAACCCCGAUUUGAACCCAAAUAGAUAUAGAUAACCGCCAUUUUGGAGAUAAAAUUAAGAUUUAAAUGAUAUUUUGUUGUAAUAAAUUAAAAAUGAUUUAAUUUGAGCCCAAACUCGAUGGGGUUAUCUCAAAAAAUGCGAUUUCGACUUAUAUAGAUAUAGAUAACCGCCAUUUUGGAGAUAAAGUUGAGAUAACCUGGUCGUGUUGGUACUCAUUUUAAAUGAUUUUUAAUGAAACUUUAUAAAAAUGUCGAAUCUAACCUAAUUUGUUUGAAACUAAAAAUUUUCUCGUUGAUUUUGUCUUAGGUUAUCUCAAAACUCGAUCGAGGCAGUGUAGUUAUGGUAAUAUAUUAAGCCGAGGUCGCUUGCGGCCGAGGCAGUACAGUUAAUAGCAUCAAAAUAUAAUGUUGUACAACAUAUAUAGCGCCUCGGUCGCAAACAACCUCGGUUUAAAAUGUUAUUAUAACAUUUUUUGUUUAAAUUGAGCCGAGGUCGCUUGCGGCCGAGGCAUUAGGGUUGAUGCAAUCUACAAAUAAUGUUGUACAGUAUACAUAGUGUCUUGGAUAAUACACUACUAUAACAUCUUUUCUGACAUAAUUAAGCCGAGGUCGCUUGCGGCCGAGGCAUUAGGAUUGAUGUCAUCUACAAAUAACAUUGGUACAGAAUAUAUAGCGCCUCGGCUAAUACACUACUAUAACAUCUUUUCUGUCUUAAUUAGGCCGAGGUCGCUUGCGGCCGAGGCAUUAGGGUUGAUAUCAUCUACAAAUAAUAUUGUACAAAAUACAUAGCGCCUCGGCUAACACGCUACUAUAACAUCUUUUCUGUCUUAAUUAAGCCGAGGUCGCUUGCGGCCGAGGCAGUGUAGUUGAUAGCAUCUAGAUAUAAUGUUGUACAACAUAUGUAACGCCUUGGACGCAACAAACUUGGUUUAAUAUAUUACUAUAACAUUUUUUUUGACUUACUUGAGCCGAGACAUUGACGCCAUUUAUAAACAAUAUUGUACAACAUACAUAGUAUCUCAAAUAAUACCCUACUAUAACACCUUUUUUGUUUCAAUUAAGCCGAGGUCGCUUGCGGCCGAGGCAGUGCUGUUGAUAACAUUUAGAUAUGUUGUACAACAUACGUAGCACCUCAGCAACCUCAGCUUAAUAUGUUAUUAUAAUAUUUUUUCUGUUUAAAUUAGGUCGAGGCAUAAGGGUUGAUGCCAUCUACGAAUAAUAUUGUACAGAAUACAUAACGCCUCGGUUAAUACACUAUUAUAACAUCUUUUCUGUUUUAAUUAAGCCGAGGCAUUAGGGUUGGUACUACCCAAAAAUAAUGUUAUACAGCAUAUAUAACGGCUCGCUCGCAAAUAACUUCGGCUUAAUUCAUUACUAUAACAUCAUUUUUGUCUUAGUUGAGCUGAGGUCGCUUACGGCCGAGGCAUUAGGGUUUAUAGCAUAUAUAUAUAGUGCCACACCCGUAAGCGACCUUGGCGUUACAUGUGCUGCGUGAUAUUAUUUCUAGGUAUCAACCCUAAUGCCUCGGCCGCAAGCGAUCUUGACUUAGUACAUUAUUAAAACAUCUUUUCUGUGUUAAUUGAACCGAGGUCGCUUACGGACGUUGAUUUUUAUGUUUUAUAGAACAUCUAAGUGGUAUCAAUUGCAAUGCCUCUUCCGCAAACGAUCUCGGCAUCAUACUUUUUCUGUCAGAGUUAUACAGAGUGUCUAUUAUGUAUAGAAUAUAGUAUAUAUCUCAGUAAAUAUUGACUUUAUAAAAAAACUUUUUAUACAAAAGCUGUUUAAUAUUUUAU